ACCUCUCUCCCCAAUCCUUCUCCACCGCCCCUCGCUCGCGCCACCAGCCUCGCCGCCGGCCUCUUCUCCACCCUACCCCGUUCCCCCAGCCACCGGACCGCGACCUCUCCGCCCGGCCGCUCUUCCCCGUCAAUACGCCAAGAAACCUCCUCCUCAGCGUUCUCUGUCGGCGCGGCGGAGAUGAUCACGGCGAUAUCCUGGGUGCCGAGGGGCGCCGCCAGGACCGUCCCCAUCGAGGCGGAGCCGCCCACGCAGGAGGAGAUCGAGGAGGCCAAGAAGAGCAUCGCCCUCGGAAGAGCCGGGGGCGACGCCGACGACGCCGAAGGGGACGAAGACGACGGAGACAUGGAGCUCGACGACGAGGAUGAGGUCGACGAGGUCGCGCAGGCCAGGGCCGCAGCCAAGGCGCUCGGGAAGAGCGGUUCAGCUGCCGUUGGCGACAUCUCCGAUGGGCUCGCGGAGCUCAACAUGGACGCCUACGACGAGGAGGAGGACGAGCUUGAGGUUUUCAGCACCGGGCUGGGGGACUUGUACUACAAAGACAACGAGGAUGACCCUUAUAUCAUCAAGAAAAACGAUGACGAUGAUGAAGAUGAUGACGAUUCGGAGAUUGAAGACAUGACUAUCAAGCCUACUGAUAUUGUGCUUGUUUGUGCACAUAACGAGGAUGAAUUCAAUUCUCUUCAGGUAAGUAUAGUGGAAGAGCUGGAGGACGGGGAUCCUAAUAUGUUUGUGCACCAUGAGGUCCCUCUCUCAGACUUCCCGCUCUGCACGGAAUGGAUGGAUUUCAACCGCGAGAAUGGUGACGAGAAAGGGAAUUUCAUUGCUGUCGGCACCAUGAGUGCCAUAAUUGAAAUAUGGAACUUGGAUAUUGUUGAUGAGGUCGAACCACAUGCUGUGCUAGGAGCACUUUCCAAAAAGCAGAUUAAGGGGAAAAAGCCAAGGUACAAGAAGCGUAAUAGCCAUAAAAAUUCUGUGCUUGGUCUUGCAUGGAAUGCAGUGGUGAGGAAUGUUCUGGCUAGUUCAAGUGCAGACAAAACUAUUAGACUUUGGGAUUUAAGUACUGGCCAAUGUGCAGUUACACUGCAACAUCAUGAUGGCAAGGUGCAAUCAGUUGCCUGGAGGUCACCUGAAGUUCUUCUCAGUGGAUCUUUUGAUAAAUCGAUUAUCAUGAGUGAUAUGAGAGAUAAUGGACAAACUUAUCAUAAAUGGGCUGUUGAAGCAGACGUAGAAAGCUUAGUUUGUGAUCCACACAAUGAACACUCCUUUCUGGUUAGUCUUGAUAAUGGGAUGGUUCAAGCAUUUGAUACACGGACAGCUUCAUCAAAUUCAAAUUCUGGGCAGCCCACGUUUACUCUGCAUGCACACAAUAAGGCUGCAUCUGCCAUAUCCUUCUGCCCAUCUAAGCCCAAUUUCAUUGCAACAGGUGGAACCGAUAAAAUGGUGAAACUCUGGGAUAUAUCGAACAACCAGCCUUCGUGCGUCGCUUCGCUGAAUGCUAAACUUGGAGCUGUAUUUACGGUAUCGUUUUGCAACGACAGCCCCUUCUUGUUAGCAUGUGGAGGAUCAAAAGGAAAAUUAAAGGUGUGGAAUACACUGUCGGAACCAGCGGUGGCUAAUAAAUUUGGCAAGUAGACAUACGAAAAUGGAUCACCUUUCUGAAGACUCAAGAGACUUGGUGUCUAUCAAAGUUACAUGCUGUAGUUACAUCUGGCUAUGUGUGAGGAUAGAUAGAUUUUCGCGUUACGGCAACAGUUUGGUGCACGAGGUGAAUGUCCCAGUUUUGUUAUGGGGCGAAAUGGAAGGAUUGGCUGUGCUAUGUAUUACUAUCUGUUUUGACGUUUGUACAACUAAUGACAGUUUAAUAGAUUUGCAGUUGAACUCCAA